GAGCAAGGGUUAAAAUGGCUCCUGCUGAGUGGUGGAAGAUGUAUGGAGGACAUACACCACAUUUGCAAAUUGUUGCCAUUAAGGUACUAAGCUUGACGUGUAGCUCAUCUGGUUGUGAGCGUAAUUGGAGUACCUUUGAGCAUAUUCACUCAAAGAAGAGAAGUAAGCUUGAGCACCAAAAGCUUCAAGACUUGGUUUUUAUUAAAUAUAAUCAAGCUCUUCAAGAACGCUUUGAGUGUCAAGAUCCAAUUGAUCCAAUUGCUUUGAAUGAAGUUGAUGAUAACAAUGAAUGGAUGUUGGGAGAAGAAAAUGAUGAGGAUGAAUUUGAAGAUGACUUGGUGUUUGAUGAUGAUGUUUUGACUUGGAGAGAUGUUGCCCAAGCAAGUGGUGCCGGUGAACCUUUGAAAUACACUAGGAGACAAACACAAGUGAACAAGACAUCAACAAUUGCAUCUACAUCCAAGAAAGAUAAAGGAAAAAAAGUGAUGGAAGUACUAGAAGACGAGGAUGAUGAUGUAGAGGAAGAAGAAGAAUAUAAUUCUAAUGCUAGUGGGAGUGAUGAAUUUGAGGGAGAGGAAGACUUUAAUCUUGAUGAGGAAGAAGAUUAAACUAUAAUGUUUAAUUUUUUACUUACUUAGAGCUUUAACACUUUGUUUUGGAGACAUUUUAUAUUAUGUAUUGUUUGAGUACUAUGAACUUUUAAUUAUUAAAAAUGUUUAAUGCAUGAAUUUAGAGUUAUUUUUUUGUUUUUUUUAGCUUUUA